CGGAGGCGCCGGGUGCCCGAGUGGAGUCCCAGAUAGCUGCCAUCCCUCUGGACCUGACAGGCUGGCCCUGGAUUCUUCAGGCAUCCCUGGAGCUGCCCAAGGCGUGGAGCUGGGAGGGCGCUUGGACGGAACCGUUCAGGUGGCUAGGAGCUCUGCCAGCUUUGGUCACCUUGGGUGCUUGCCUCCUGCCCCUUGGUGCCUGUCUGCUGAUGUGCCCAGCCUGUGCCCACCAUGCCGCCCUCCAUCUCGGCCUUCCAGGCCGCAUAUAUUGGCAUCGAGGUGCUCAUCGCCCUGGUCUCCGUGCCUGGGAACGUGCUGGUGAUCUGGGCAGUGAAGGUGAACCAGGCACUGCGGGAUGCCACCUUCUGCUUCAUCGUGUCACUGGCAGUGGCUGAUGUGGCAGUGGGCGCUCUGGUCAUCCCACUUGCCAUCCUCAUCAACAUUGGGCCACAGACCUACUUCCACACCUGCCUCAUGGUCGCCUGCCCUGUCCUCAUCCUCACUCAGAGCUCCAUCUUGGCCCUGCUGGCAAUCGCUGUCGACCGCUACCUCCGUGUCAAGAUCCCGCUCAGGUACAAGACAGUGGUGACUCCCCGAAGGGCUGUGGUGGCCAUCGUUGGCUGCUGGAUUCUCUCCUUUGUGGUGGGCUUGACACCUAUGUUCGGCUGGAACAACCUGAGUGUGGUGGAGCGGGCCUGGGUGGCCAAUGGCAGUGUAGGUGAGCCCGUGAUCAAGUGUCAGUUUGAGAAGGUGAUCAGCAUGGAGUACAUGGUCUACUUCAACUUCUUUGUCUGGGUGCUGCCCCCACUGCUGCUCAUGGUCUUCAUCUACCUGGAGGUCUUCUACCUGAUCCGCAAGCAGCUCAACAGGAAGGUGUCGGCAUCCUCUGGCGACCCACAGAAGUACUAUGGGAAGGAGCUGAAGAUCGCCAAGUCGCUGGCCCUCAUCCUCUUCCUCUUUGCUCUCAGCUGGCUACCCCUACACAUCCUUAACUGCAUCACCCUCUUCUGCCCUUCCUGCCAUAAGCCGAGGCUCCUCAUGUACAUCGCCAUCUUCCUCACACAUGGUAACUCGGCCAUGAAUCCCAUCGUCUAUGCCUUCCGCAUCCAGAAGUUUCGGGUUACCUUCCUUAAGAUUUGGAACGACCACUUCCGCUGCCAACCUGCACCCCCCAUCGAUGAGGAUCCUCCAGAAGAGAGGCCCGAUGACUAGACUCCACCUCCUGCCCCCAGCUGCGCACAUCUGGAGCAUCUCAGCCCAGUACUCACCUCCCUGCUGUCCUGCUCGUCUCCCUUGUCUCCCUGACUCUUCCCUACUGGCCUUUGGGCUGUGAGUGCCCUGCACCUCGAGGUCCUGGAGGAGUUUUGGGAGGGCAGUCCAUGGGGAAAGAACGAGGUAACCUGAGGGGACGAGGAAAGUGGGGGCAGCACCCUAACCCUAACCCUAACCCUCCCCACCUGCCUGACCAACCCACAGGCAGCCCAGCACAUCAGGCUGAGUGGGGCUUGGGGACACUGAGACUGCCAUGGGGCCAUGUGGGCCAGGAGGGCAAGCUCAGCUCCCGUGGCGGGAAGGGAGGGGAGUCUGCUUGUCUUAGGUGGUAGUGGUGCAGCCCUGGGACCAAGUGUAAGGAGAGGAGAAUAUCCCCGCCAAGAUGGAGGGAAGGGGAGAAACUAGAUGUCCUGGCCUUGUUUUCUCUCCUGUUCUGUAGCAGAAGGUGGCCAGAGCCACUGACAGGCAGGAAGCAAGGAGCCUCAGUCCCCACCUCCCAGAACCCUGUGUUCCUGGCCAUGCUGCAUGCCAGGGUGCCUGCUCUCUUUGCCCUGGGGAUCCCAGGGUUAUACUUGGGAGAGGCCGAAAGAACGAGUCCAGAAAUAAUUUCCAGUAUUUGCUUUAUUCUCCACUAGCCCUUGGACCUGAGUGGGGGCUCCGAGCUCUCUGGAGCUAAUGUGGAAUGGUAGGUGUGGGCCUCAAACAGCCACUGGGAGACAGUGUUGAGCCCUCAUUCUUGCCUUGAGCCUCCCAAGUAGGAGACUUGGAGUGUAACUGCCUGUCCUCUGGGCCACCAGCUCUUGGUGAUGGGCAUGUGCCCUCCUAGGUGACACCCAUCUCUGUUGCUUCUGAGCCAGAUGGAGAGGAGAGCCCCAGACAUGCCAGCUCUUGGGAGCAUUCUGCCUGCCUGGGGAGCGGAUGAAGAAGGGAAAGUGGGCUGCUGUGGUCAUGCUGGGAUGAAGUGUGACAGAGUGGUCAGGCCAGAGGAGACUACCCUCCUGGGUGUAUGGGCAGGAAGGUCUUACCAGAAUUUAGAUACCCUCAGUACCCCUGACACUUAGCACAGUGUUCAUGGGCUUUGAGGCUCUGUUGCAGAGUCUAGGCCUUUAGCCUAAACCCUUGGGGAAGGGUCUACUCCUGGCCAAGCCCAAAGCUCCUUAUACAGAAGAAUGAGGGGCCAGGUUCUAAGUGUGAAUAGCAACUCCAGACAUGAUUCCAGGCCCUCCCCUCUCUCAGAGGUGGGAUAUCCCCUGGCUCCCAGGGCGGGCCACUUGACUAAUAAAAGACUGUGAACCCUCAUGGAGAACGUACCCCACCACCGUCUGAGGGCAACAAACAACCUCAACAGAGAAAAAGCAAUGGUGGGGGAUAGGGAGAGGUGAAGAGAGGGGGCACUGGGAGGCAUUUGGAGGAAGGAGGGUUCCAAAGAAGGGUGUGUCUGUUCCUAUAGUUAUCCUCUUAGGGUAGCAAACGCUGCAUGUGAAAUGAGAUCCUAAAAAAUCUCAUAUCUGGAAAAGCCCCAUGACACCGCGAGCCCCCUCCCACGGGCACCUUCCUCAUGGUGUCAGAGGUGGAGACCCCCUCAUGGUGACACAUUCAACAGCCCCCUUGUGGUGACGCAGUGCCGCCCCCAUCGUGAUGAUGCUCAUUGUCACAGAGGCCCCUGCACUGUAUCACCACACACCUUUAUUCAAGUGCUUCUCGCCCAGUGUACAGCUCCCUGCAGGAGCGCUCCAGUCUCUGCACUUUCCAGGGCCCCUUGUAUCCAGGAAGCCUGGCCUGGGGCCUGCUAGGCAGGUACCAAGGAGCAAAGCCAUCAGUCAUCACUAUGGAGAUGGGGACCUCUGGCCUCCGUGGAGCUUGAUUCUGGGCCUGGCUGCCCUGAACCCUCAGGCCUGCAGCACCUAGCAGAGAACAUGUUUUAUGAGCCCCUGCUGUUAGGCAGAGCUGGGCUAUACGUGCCCUGCUGAAGGGGUGAUAUGGGGAGGGCGAAGCAGUACCCCCUCUUCCUUUCCCAGGCCUCCUUCCCCUUAGGCCCUUUGGCCCAAAGCCCAGGUCUCAGCUCUGCCCACUGCAGCUCCAGGAUACAUCCUCACUAGUCCAGGGCCUCAGAACCACCUGGGGAGGGCAGUCAGGGCAAGGAUGUUGCCCCUACUUCUCUGACUGAGGAAACAGGUCCAAGGGAAGGCCCUGGCCUAAGGUCUUUCAGAGCCAGGACUAGAUCCUGUCCUCUGACCAUCCACUGAAUCCCUUCCACUGAAUGCCCAUCCCUUCCAGGCCUCGCCAGCAGCACCCUGCCCUGCAGCGUCUGUGGAGCACCCCCAGGACUGUGCGUGUUCGUUGCCUGUGACUGCAGAUUUGUACUCAGAGCUGGCUGCCCCCUUCCCUUCUCACUCCCACCCCUGCUCCUGGCCUCCACCCCCAGAGGCAGCGGAGGGAGUGCAUGCAGCCACUUACCUUCCUGCUCAUCACAGCCUCCACCAGUGGCUCUUCAGUGUGUGGCUGAGGCUGGGAGAGAUCUGAAGGUUAGC